AUGUAGAUACUUUUAACACCAUAUCGUAUUUGUGCGAUGUAUCAUUGUUACUUAAAGCUGCUUCAGCAAAAAGUAUCGCAUUACAUAUCGUGGAAUAUCUUAUUCCUUUGGGGAUUUGGAUUAUGGAUAGCUCUGUGCACAAGUAACGUAUAUCAUUCAAUCAUUGCAAAGCAGCAAGAUUCAGAUUUCGAAGUUUUGCAUGAUAUUUCGACAGAAGCGAAGACUAUAGAAGAAAUGUUGGACGUUACGAGAACAAAUCACACUUUCUGUAACGUGAUAAUAAUGUUAAAAACUGUGCUGCAGUAUAUUUAUGGCUUUGUGUCUGUGUCUUUUGUAAUGUUUUUCGCACGUUCGUACGGAUCCUUCAGGAAAGUGAUAAAAAUAUGCAAUAACACGAUAUGCAACUUUUAUUUCACAACUUUCGCAAAACGUAAGAAAAGUAUUUAUAAUAAAAGUGAUUCGAACAGAAAGGACUCUGCCAUGUUGGAGUAUAAAUUAAUACCAAACUCUACGACUAGUACAAAAUACGUACAAACAGAAUUGAGUUGCAAUGAUGAAGAUAAAUGGGAUUUGAUGAUGAACAGAAAUAAAAAUACAUUGGACAUGAAUGUUAUUCAAAGUGAAAUUAUUUUUACUAGUCGUACGUUGUUACUUUUCAAUAACUGUGAACUUUAUCGAUAUUUCAAUAAUCAUCGAUUAAAAAAUCAUUUGUUGACGAAAUACUUCGCACGUCAAGAUCCCGUGCACGUAGAAAAUAAUUUGGAAAUUUCGAACGAGUAUGAAAGGAAUGAUAGAAUUUUACCAAAAAAAGUCAUAAAAAGAGGUAUUAUUAGCUCCUCUCCGGAAUUUAAAAAAUUUCUGGCAAAUCUUACAAAAUCUGAACUUUUUUAUCCAUGCAUGUUAGAAGUGUCGGCAAGUUAUAUGAUUCGUAUAAAAUCAACUUGCAAAUCAUCACGAUCAAACGACUAAUAAAUAAUCGUUUUGAAUAAAAUAUUCUUAUUUGUACGAAUGCUUUUAUUUCGAACUUUUAUAAUACGAAUAUACCAUAAAAGAGGCAGAAAUCUUUAUGCUAAUAAUUUUAUAUUUUUUAAACUGUUUACUAUUCUAACAUGAUGUACAAUUGAUAUUUAUAAAAAAUUUAUCCAUGAAAAUAAUUUUCAUGGAAAGUGUUAUGAACACACAUAGUAGUUUGGGAAUUGCUUCUCUCUUUUUUUUUUUUCGUUAUAUAAAAUAUCUUUUAAAAAGUUUAACAGUUCCGAACGUAAAUUCAAAUUAAAU